AUGCUGCAUCCGGGCCGAAUCUCCAUUGCCGAACUGACAACCAUCCACCGGUCCAACUCCACCACCGUUCGAGGGCCGGACCAACAACAGUCCGUGGCUCGAACAGAGCCAUCAGCCGACCGAACAGAACCAUCCGCCGACCGAACAGAACCAUCCGCCGACCGAACAGAAUCAUCCGCCGGGACCGAACAGGUCCAUCCGCCUCCGCGGGUCGAACCGACCACCAUACGUGGGCCGAACACGGAUUUUACAUCACAUACGGCCCGCUCGGAUCUCCCUACCAUAGCCGGGCCGAACAGUCGAAUGGCCUAA